AUGGCUGACACCAAUGAGAACAUCGCACGAUGUAUGCGUGUCACGACGGAAGCCUUCUUACAGACUUGGACAGGCAAUUGGGUUCAUGCUCUGGAGGCCAAUUUGGCCCUGCGUGCUCCGGAAUGCUCGCACACCAUUCUCCCUUCUUCUCUUGGCAGAAAGAACGAAACCAACGAUGUCUGGGCAAGCAAAUUCUCCAAAGUGAUGUCGUUGGUUACCGAAAGUACUAUGACUCUCGAAGACUACAUCAGCGUUCCCGCAGAGAGACGGGCAGUUGCUCGUUCCUCAGUGAAAGCCCAGAGUCCUGUAGGAUCAUACGAGAAUGACUACGUGUGGUUCUUGAACUUUGACGAAGAAGGCAAAAAGAUCGUGAAGAUUGUCGAAUUUGUGGAUGGACUAGCUGCAAAGGAACUGCUCGGCAAGUUGAAGGAGGGAGGAUACGUCGAAUGA